UUCCAUACACAUCAGGAACCAUUUUAGUGCAUCAUUUCAGAGCGCAUGGAGGAAAUUAACGGUGCUUGGUUAUCACGCUCUUCGUCACAGUGAUAUGUACUCUUGAUAGUGAACUUUGACACAAGCAUUUUCGAAAACUUUCUAUUUUCAACACGAUUUAAUAAAAACAGAUUAAUAAAAAAAAAUGGCUCCACGAUCAGAAGCAGGAGUAAAGGAAAGUUCAGAAUUACCGAAAGAUGUACCAAAAAGAGGCGUUAAUGCUGUUUUAUUGGGGCCACCUGGUAGUGGCAAGGGUACACAGGCGCCAUUAUUGAAAGAACGAUAUUGUGUAUGCCAUCUAUCUACAGGUGAUAUGCUCAGAGCAGAAAUUAGUUCUGGAUCUUCAAUUGGGGCAGAAAUUAAAAAAGUAAUAGAUGAAGGUAAAUUGGUCAAUGAUGAUCUUGUAGUUAAAAUGAUUGAUCGCAAUUUAGAUAAACCUGAAUGUCAGCGUGGUUUUCUAUUGGAUGGCUUUCCAAGAAGUGUUCCACAAGCUGAGAAACUUGAUGGUAUGCUGCAAAAGAGAAAAACUAAGUUGGAUACUGUGAUAGAGUUUGGAAUUGAUGAUAAUUUAUUGAUAAAGAGAAUCACAGGCCGUUUAAUACAUCCUGCUAGUGGUAGAUCAUAUCAUGAAGAAUUUGCUCCACCCAAAGAACCUAUGAAAGAUGAUGUUACUGGAGAGCCAUUAAUUAAAAGGUCUGAUGAUAAUGUAGAUGCAUUGAAAAAACGUUUAUCAAUAUAUCAUACACAAACUCAACCCUUAGUUGAUUAUUAUACUUUACAAGGAAUUCAUUAUUAUGUAAAUGCAGCUCAACCAAGCAACAAUGUUUUUCAAGAUAUUGAUCGCAUUUUUCAAAAAACAAUUAACCAAGACAAGAGUAAAGCUGAAAAAAAGAAAGGUUUCUUCAGCUGGUUCUUUAAAAGUGAUGCAUAAGAAUGUUAUAGCACAUUUCUCUCUUCUAAGUGAAGCAGAUAGUUGAUGGGAAGUAUAUUUUAGUAUUGUGGUGAUUUCUAGAAGAAUUUAAUAUUUUAGAUAUAUAAUUUACGAUUCAAAAGUAAUUUAUAUAUUUAAACAGGUACAUAGUUAAUACAGUAUGUAUUUUUUGAUUAAAUAAUAUACUUUACAUUUAGUAAAGAUGUAAACGGAAUCACAUUAAUUUCGUUAAAAAUAGUCCUGUGUAAAUCUAUAAAGGAGGUAUUAUAAGUUAAUCAAUUGAAUGCACACAUCUUUAUUAGUAGCGGGUAUUUGGUGAUAUAAUUAUAACAAAAAGUAAUCGAUUAAUUGCACCUAAGAAAAAAUAUAUUUGUAUAUAAUGGAUACUAGAUCU